UCUAAAAUUCAGUUCACUUCUAACGCGACUCGAAGCCGGUUUUUGCGAAAGUCAAACAGAUUUUAUUCCAUUUGUGAUUUCGUGGAAAUUUCGUUUGUUAUUCAAAAUGCGUUUCGCUCUGUUUGCUUUUCUAGCUGUGUGCCUGUUGGCAUUCGUCCUGGCCACUCCGGCCAAGGACACCAAGAAGCCGGCAACUUGUCAGCGAGCCUGCGGUGAAGUCUACGAUCCGGUUUGUGCCAAAGCCAAGAACAGCAGCAAGGAGCGACUUAUCACUUUCGGCAGCCCGUGCGUCAUGUCCAACUACAACUGCCAGCACGCCGACGAUCCAUUCGAGCAGAAGACAAAGGGCGAGUGCGGCGGCGGAGUGAGCGUUCGUCUAUCUUAAGAACCAAAACAAUCCACAAUCGAUUUGUAUUUACAAUUGAACACCUUUCAUUAAUGGUGCAAUAAAAUUUGUAUGUAUUUUUAUUCCAA